AUGCCGCCGAAAAAGGCGAUCGACGAUUGCUUUGUCCGCGGCGAGAAGUUUUUCAAGUGGGGAUCGAAAAAAGCGCUGCACGCUUGGGACCAGCGUAACGAUGACUGCCCGGUGAAUCUGUUCGUCGACCCGAAUGGCCACAUUUUAUAUUGGAGACGCAGAGGCUACAAGGAGGAAAUUAGUUGGGACCACAUCUUCAUCGAGGCGAUUGUUGACGUGCGUAUUGGGCGGUAUGCGGAGACGAAAUGUAUCGCCUCGAAGCCCGACAUGCAUCCCCAUCUGAUGACGGUCGUCACGAACCGCGACUUCGUACAUCCCGAAUUCUUCACGUUCAUGCAUGAAAACAGUGCGGAAACCCUGAAAAAAUGGGCCGAUUUCCUGUUUGAACUGUCGCAGACGAGGCGCCGCGAAUAUCAUGGCGUCGAAUUCUACAUUUUGAAGCAUUUGGCGCCGCUAAGAUACCCACCAAUCCCAGAUGGCAUCACGCUAGAAAGCCUUGUUCGAGCCAUGAUGCCAGCCGAGCCAGCGCAUGCUGUGGCUCAACUCACAAAAGUUCUCCUCAACUCCCCGUUUUUCAACAAAAGAGAAGAGAUUUCUAGGAAUCGAUUAACCGACGAUCUGAUCCUGGAAAUGUUCGUCUACGUGAAUCAGCGGCCCGAGCUGUCGGAGGUCUUUUUAAAAUUGGCCGAUGUAAAAGGGCUCGGUGGUGAGCCAUGUAUCAGCAAGCGGAAAUUUGGCAAUUUCCUGAUCUCGCGACAACGAGACCCGAGAUUAAAUGAGGUACUGCAUCCACCACCCACAAAUCGACAAAUUGAACAGUUGAUGGAAAAGUAUGCGAAAAAUGGCACCUACCUCACUUUCAAUGGAUUUACUCGUUUUUUGUUAAGCGACGCGUGCCCGGAUAUUGAUGCAAAGGACAUGGCUUUUGAUGAAGACAAAGCCCACGAGCCACUGACUCAUUAUUACAUUUCUUGCAGCCAUAAUACAUAUUUGGUUGGCGCGCAAAUUGUACAGGCCAAACACAUCUCAAACAUCAAGCACGAUCUGACGGCCAGUGAUGUCGAGAUCUAUCGGCAGACACUUCUCUCCGGAUGUCGUUGCAUUGAGUUGGAUUGUUGGGAUGGAGCUGAUGGCGAGCCGAUAAUCACACAUGGGCCGAUGGAAGUCACCUUUUUGAAUUCUGUACCUUUUCGGGACGUGGUUGAGGCGAUCGCGGAGUGCGCCUUUAAAACGUCACCUCUGCCCGUAUUACUGUCAAUUGAAAAUCACUGUAAUGUGCAGCAGCAAAGAAAAAUGGCAUUCUAUUUCCGGACAAUUUUUGGGGAUCUUCUGCUGGAUGAGCCGCUGGAUGACUAUCCGCUAGACGAGGGCGUGAUGCUUCCGUCUCCCUGGAAGCUGCGAAAUAAAAUUCUAAUAAAAGCGAAGAAACCGCAUCCACGUCGGCAUGUCGACGAAGCACUGCUGGGCAGCAGCAUCGGCAGCAAAAGUAGUGUGGCCAACCUAUUCAACCCAAACUUGGCGCUGAAAAUGCCGGCUCGACAGCGACGAAAAUUGGAGUUUUCGCCAUCUGAUUCGACGAUAGCCGGCAGUCCACCCCAGAGUUCACUGCCCGAUUCUGAUACGGAUUCACUCGAAGAGGGCGAAGGAAUAAAAUGUCUCGUCGAUGAUGGAGAUGACGAAGACCGGAAACGGUGCAAAUGGGUGCUGGAACGGUCCAAUAAGGAAAAGCAAUCCGCCGAAAUGAACGGGAAAUCACCACUGGCCAUGCCGGCAGCAGUCCGGAAAGUGGCUGCCGGAGCGUUGGACCGGAAAAUAUCACUCGAGAUUACGAAUGAACAGUUCAAAAAGCAAUUAAAACCUGUGCAAGAAGUCGAAACUGUGGCCGCAGAACUGGCCGCACUUGUCAAUUACCUCGAAAGCAAGUCCAGCGCCAAAUUCGACAUUUUUGAUGAAGUUGACAAACGCUACUACAUCAUGCAUUCGUUUUCCGAGGACGCCAUCCAUCGAUAUGUGAUGCGAGGACAUAAAACAGCCAGCCAGCUCGCUAGACAUACGGUGCGGCAAUUUGCCCGUGUCUACCCGUCCGGAAUGCGAUAUGCCAGCACCAACUUUAACCCUGUUGUAUGCUGGAUGGUGGGCUGCCAGAUGACGGCGAUGAACUAUCAGACAAAUGGACUUCAGAUGCAACUACACGAGACAAUGUUCGAAUACAAUGGAAGAACGGGUUACGUCCCAAAGCCACGCUGCCUCAUCGAUUUAUCGCAGCGUUUCGAUCCACGGGCCACGAAUUUACCUGGUGUAAUGCCGGACACGCUACAGAUUACGGUGCUUUCCGGACAGAUGCUCUCCUCAUUAAAUCCACACAAAUGUCUUUCCACCUAUGUUACUGUGGAUUUGUAUGAUUUGAUUAGGGAUACGGAUCGCGGUCAUUGCCGGACCAGGACGGUGAAGAAAAAUGGCUGGAAUCCGGUGUAUUUUGAUAAAGCCACUGAUCAGCCGUUUCGAUUUGAAAAGAUUAUAAAGCCGGAAUGCGCGUUCCUCCACCUACGCCUAAUCGACGCGGACAACGACUCCGAGCUGGGCCAACGCAUUUUGCCGAUAAAUAAGCUGAAACGAGGCUAUCGCCACAUCAUCCUCCGCACCGGUGCCAAUCGCCCGGCUGGGCCCGCGUGUAUUUUUGUUUACAUUAAUGUACACUUUUUCAUGCUCAACACGCAGCGAGAUCUGCACGCAGCUUUUAUGGACCCGCUGAAAGCUUCGGCGAAAAUGGAACAAAUUGCCGUCGACCUAACGGACCCAUUUUCUGCAGACUAUGCACGUUGUGAGAAAAGCGAUAGCGAGGAUGAGUUUAACGUCUCCGAAAUGGUGGGAAGUGGCGGAUACGUGACGCCGAGGGCAGCUGAUGGCCAGCCAGUCAGGAAAAGCCCGAUGCGCCGAAUUGAAGAUAAAUUCCGGCGCUGGAUGGGAAUUCGGAAG